ACGUAGGACGCAUGCAGCAUACGUGUCACUGCUACAGUGGGCAGCGAUAGUAUCAGCGCGCAGGUGCAGGUCUCGAGAAAGGAAGCGGUUCCUGCGGCCUGACGUUGCGGUGCGCCAUGACGCGGAUGUAAAACACCUAGCUUGCGGAACGAGAAUCUUUCCUGCCACACGCUUACUAGUGUUAUCCUCUCUCAGGCAAAACUGUCUUCUUUGGACCCGAUGUUACUACUGACGCUGGCUGCAUUCCAGGUUUUCCUGUUCUCUGCAUCGGCUCGUUCCUUUUGGAAGUUUCACAAACAUCACCGUGAUACUCCUAAUGCUUUCAAGAUAUUGGGCAUGGAUCGUUUCGUCGCGGCUCUGAGGGACGUAAACCAGGACCCCAAGUUUAAAUGCCUCACAGCAACCCGCGUCGAUUAUGACCCUGACGUCCCGUCAGCGACCUUCCAGUGGUCAUUCAACGUAGGCAAAAAUGCUCCAAGUAAAAAUGCCACACUUCAUUUCACCAAGGGACCAUCCAUCGACACAGCAAACAUCGUGGUGGACAAUGACACCGCUCGUACGGAUGUUGUUCAUUUCCUCUACGCUGACAAAGGCCUCACGUGCGCCGUCAUGGAAUUGCGCUACUUUGGCUAUCAAUGUACCUUGUGGGUCCGAAACACCACGAAGCACGCUGUAUCGAAGAAAUGUUUCAAGAAGCACGCCGCCCUCUGCGCAAAUGGUGUUUUACUGUACGACAAAGAUACCUGCAGUGACUACUAAACAUGAAACAAAAACGCAAGAAUCCUUGUAAGGCGGAUAAAGCAGAGUAAAGAAGG